AUGGAGUUUCUGGUAGAUCAAGUUACAAAUAGUAAGUUAGCAGAACAGUCAAGUAGUGCUGGUCAAAGUGCUACGAUAGACAAUAUUUUUACGGACCUUCAAGAAAUGGAAAUUAGUGGACAGGAUAAUGUCGCUCCUUGGCAAGAAAUACUCAAUAGACAAGAACCUAUUACAAGGGCAGAAUUUCAUCAGGGUUUGAAUAGUAUUAGAGAUAAAAGUCUUUUAACAACAUAUUGUAAUGGGGUUAGAAGAGGGAGGCGUGCACGUGGUGUUACUCAUGACUACAUGGUUAAUCAGUAUGCAAUUAAAGCUCGUAAAUUAGAGCAAGUAAAGGAAAAAAAGCAGUGCGGUAUUAGCGGUAAAGAUAAAAAAGCUAAGUCACAUAGUAAAAGCACUGAAGUGGGUGUUAAAAAUGUUGGCUGUAAUAUGUUAGAAAAUAAUUGGAAUAAAUGGAAUGAUUUGGCAUUCCAUCGUGGUGGUCAUUGGGUAGAUCAUGAGUCGACUUCUGCACUUCAACCUGAGUUACCACGAGACUGUGUCAUCUUAAAUGCUAGAAAAAGAAUUAAUGAAAAAAUGAGUCAAAAAAUUCCUAUUUCUAUUUUAAAUAUUAAACAUACACCUUUUGCAUUAACAAUAAAUGAAGCUCCUGAUAUUGAAGAUCAAAAAAUUGUAAAAGAGGUAUUACAAUAUAUUGGUAAAGCAGGUUAUAGACAUAAUAUAUUGAAUAUUCGUAAGGCUGACUUUUACUAUACAACUAUUCUAUAUCCAGGUGUAGAGAAUUAUGAGACAUUACAAAAUGUAAUGGAACCAAUAAUUAGUAAAUUGCACAAUUUAGUAAUUAAUGGUCUAAUAGAUCCAAAUGGAACAAAAUGGAAAAUUGAACCUUACUUUAGUAGCACAAAAAAAGAUAUUGGCAAUAGAGAUAAAAUCCACAAAAUUGAAAAAAAUAUGAACCAGAUACAUAAAUCUGAAAAUCAAUUUGAUGAUAAUAUUAAAAGAAUUAUUAGUGUGGAGAUGCAAAGAAUAUCGGUAAAAUUUCAUUUUUGGCAGGAUCAUAUUACACAAAGUUGGUCUUACAUAUCUUUAAUGGGGGGAGAUAAAGAGAUUGUUUUGCAAAAUUUUAAUUUCAAAGUCCUUUUUAAUAUAGAAUGUGCUAAUCUUAUUAAUCAGUUAUAA